AUGGACAAAAAAAAAGUAUUUAGUAUUUUUAAUAAACCAAAAAAAGUAUCCAGUACUAGUACAGUUGAUACAGUUGAAAACCAAAAUAAUCCAGACGAUCCUCCAAGUUUUUCAAAAAGCAUGAAACAACCAAACAAAGAAGUUGAUUGUAUGCCAACUGAUCUGGGAGAUUUGCAAUCCGGUCCAAUUCGUCCAAAAUUACAAGUGUAUCCAAAGACCAAGUUUGGGAACCAAAAUAGAGCUUUUUCAGCAGUUUGGUAUGAAUAUUUUGACUGGUUAGAGUACAGUAUUGAAAAGGAUGCAAUUUUCUGUUAUGCUUGCCGCAAUUUUUCUACACACUCUGUUGAAGAUACUUUUGUUCAAAAAGGUUUCAAAAAUUGGAAAAAAAUAAGUGGUUCUACUGGAUCUGGAUCUUCUAAAAGGUCCAAAUCAAAACUUGCAUUGCAUGCUGCUUGUAAACAGCAUCUUAUAAACAGAGAAAAAUGUAACUCUUAUAUUUUGAGCAAAAAAAAUGGUUCAGUGCAUGCCGUGCUAUCAACUGCUCAUUCAGAACAAAUAGAAAAAAAUCGAAAUUAUGUCAAAACUUUAAUUGACUUGAUUCUAUUUUUGGCCCGACAGGGAUUGGCUUACCGUGGGCAUCUAGAGAGUAAAGAUUCUAAUAAUCAAGGAAAUUUUAAGGAAUUGUGUAAUGUUAUGGCCAAAUAUAACCCGACAUUUGCUACUCAGUAUGCAUUGCAACAUACAAAUUAUUCUAGUUGGAAGAUUCAAAAUGAACUGAUAAACUGCUGUUCUAAUACUGUGUUAUUAAAUAUUAUUAGUGAUAUCAAAGACUGCGGAUAUUUUGCUUUAAUGUGUGAUGAGGCAAGGUGUUUUAAAGAAGAACAAUUAGCUUUAUGUGUUAGGUAUUCCAAAAAUCUACACAUUUUUGAAAGGUUUGUUGGAUUUGUAGAUGUGUCAAUAAGUCAAAACGCUGAAGCAUUAUCAUCUGCUAUUUUAUCAUUUCUUGACAAACACAACAUUCUGAAUGUACCCAUCAUAGCACAAAGCUAUGAUGGAGCAAAUGUUAUGUCAGGUGACCACAAUGGAAACUAA